CGGAGUUGCGCGCCGGUCCCUGGGCCGGGGCCGGGCUCGGGCCUGCGAUGCCUCAAGAUGGCGGAGCUGGGCGAAUUAAAGCACAUGGUGAUGAGUUUCCGGGUGUCUGAGCUCCAGGUGCUCCUUGGCUUUGCUGGCCGGAACAAGAGUGGACGGAAGCACGAGCUCCUGGCCAAGGCCCUGCACCUUCUCAAGUCCAGCUGCGCCCCCAGCGUCCAGAUGAAGAUCAAAGAGCUUUACCGCCGCCGCUUUCCCCGAAAAACCCUGGGGCCCUCUGAUCUCUCCCUGCUUUCUCUGCCCCCCGGCACCCCUCCUGUGGGUGCCCCUGGCCCUCUGGCUCCUAUCCCCCCUGCCCUCUUGGCCCCUGGCACCCUGCUUGGCCCCAAGCGUGAAGUGGACAUGCACCCAUCUCUGUCCCAGCCUGUGCACCCCGACGUCACCAUGAAACCACUGCCCUUCUAUGAAAUCUAUGGAGAGCUCAUCCGGCCCACCACCCUUGCAUCCACUUCCAGCCAGCGGUUCGAGGAAGCACACUUCACCUUUGCCCUGACCCCCCAGCAAGUGCAGCAGAUCCUCACGUCCAGAGAGGUUCUGCCAGGAGCCAAAUGCGAUUAUACCAUCCAGGUGCAGCUCAGGUUCUGUCUCUGUGAGACCAGCUGCCCCCAGGAGGAUUAUUUUCCCCCCAACCUCUUUGUCAAGGUCAAUGGGAAACUGUGCCCCCUGCCGGGUUACCUUCCCCCUACAAAGAAUGGGGCUGAGCCCAAGAGACCCAGCCGCCCCAUCAACAUCACCCCCCUGGCUCGACUCUCGGCCACUGUCCCCAACACCAUCGUGGUCAACUGGUCAUCUGAGUUUGGACGGAAUUACUCCUUGUCGGUGUACCUGGUGAGGCAGUUGACUGCGGGGACCCUGCUACAAAAGCUCAGAGCAAAGGGCAUCCGGAACCCAGACCACUCCCGGGCGCUGAUUAAGGAGAAACUGACUGCUGACCCAGACAGUGAGGUGGCCACGACGAGUCUCCGGGUGUCACUCAUGUGCCCGCUGGGGAAGAUGCGCCUGACUGUCCCUUGUCGCGCCCUCACCUGCGCCCACCUGCAGAGCUUCGAUGCUGCCCUUUACCUGCAGAUGAAUGAGAAGAAGCCGACAUGGACGUGUCCCGUGUGUGACAAGAAGGCUCCCUAUGAAUCUCUGAUCAUUGAUGGUUUAUUCAUGGAGAUUCUUAAUUCCUGCUCGGAUUGUGAUGAGAUCCAAUUCAUGGAAGAUGGUUCCUGGUGCCCAAUGAAACCCAAGAAGGAGGCAUCUGAGGUUUGCCCCCCGCCAGGGUAUGGGCUGGAUGGCCUCCAGUACAGUCCAGUCCAAGAGGGCACGCCCUCUGAGAAUAAGAAGAAGGUUGAAGUCAUCGAUCUGACAAUAGAAAGCUCGUCUGAUGAGGAGGACCUGCCCCCGACCAAGAAGCACUGUCCUGUCACCUCCGUGGCUCUCCCGGCCCUGCCCGGGAGCAAAGGAGUCCUGACGUCCGCUCACCAGCCGUCUUCGGUGCUGCGAAGCCCGGCCAUGGGCGCGCUGGGCGGGGAGUUCCUGUCCAGCCUCCCGCUGCACGAAUACCCGCCUGCCUUCCCGCUGGGGGCUGACAUCCAAGGUUUAGAUUUAUUUUCUUUUCUUCAGACUGAGAGUCAGCACUACGGCCCCUCCGUCAUCACCUCACUAGACGAACAGGAUGCCCUCGGCCACUUCUUCCAGUACCGAGGGGCCCCUUCCCAUUUCCUGGGCCCGCUUGCCCCCACGUUGGGGAGCUCUCACCGCAGCACCACUCCAGCACCCCCUCCUGGCCGUGUCAGUAGCAUCGUGGCCCCUGGGGGGCCCUUGAGAGAGGGGCACGGAGGACCCCUGCCUGCAGGUCCCUCUCUGGCUGGCUGCCGAUCAGACAUCAUUUCCCUGGACUGAGUCCCCAGAAUUCUGGAACCUUCGCUGCCUCCCAGCACUCAGCAAGUAUAUUGUGGAGUCUGAGUCUCUGGCCACUGACCCCUCGGGGCUUUGGCCAAAGGCCAGAAAGACCUUCCUGGACACUUUUUGGCUCAUCGUUGCCUAACAAGGCCAGCACCCAGAGGGUUAAUAUUUAACCUUUUUUUAAGGACAUUUGGGGUGUAAUUUUGGAAACGCUCUAGAUGGCGGCUGCAGUCUUCGGCUGUGUUAGCCGAGGCAGGCGAGGGGAUGGGCCUUGGAGUGAGGCUGGAUCUCAGCCCGACUGUCAGGAAGCUGGUGGGGAAGGGCCCUUCGCUGGUCCCUCAGACGCCCCCUCCGCAUCCCCAGACACAUGGCUCUGUUCCCCCAACUUCCACCGACUGUUUCCAUGUCCAUUCCGACUUCUUUGUCCAAACGGACAGGCGGACAAAGUGAUACAGGCAGACAGAUGGACAGAGAACUCUAUUUUGGGUUGCAGAUUUUUUGUAUAUAAACAAGAAAAACCAAAAUACUCCAAAGAUGACUUCCCGUGUGACUGAGGAGGAGAUAAGGCCUUUGUCCUGAUCCCCGAGGCUUGGGGGCAGGGCCUGGCCUAUUGCCUGGGUCUCUAUUUAUAUAUUUAAGUUCAUGUUGUUCCUUGUGCCCACCAGCCCAGGGCCUGAGCUUUUGGCUGCCCCCGGCCCUGAGGUGAGACUUGGCUCAUUUUGCACCUUUCCUGGGAGGUGGGAGGACCCUCGUGCUCUCUCCAAUCUCCUUUUUUUAAGGCUUUUCCAGAGCCUAGCACCUAUGUUCUAAUUUUACUUUUUAUUCCCAAAGUUGUAGCAACGUUCUCAUCCAUAAUAAAGAUUGUGAAUGUUCUGAGAGCGUCAUGGCGGCGGGCAGGGAGGGGAUCACGCGCUUCGCUUCCCAGGCCCCUGGUCUGGGGGAAGGUCUGUGUUCUGUUCUUCCUUCCCUGGUCCUGGACCCGACUGAGUUCCUCAUCCACAUGGUCAGAGCGCCACGCUGAGAAUUUCCAAGGACACUUGUUUCUUCCUCCUCCCUCCACCCCACUCCGCCCAGUGCUGUCCUUCCUUGGCCUUACCCGCCCAGAUGCUUCAGCCAGAGCCCGAGGGCAAACUUGGUCCCAGUGCUGACCCUCUCGUUGUCCUCUGCCGUGACUGGCGUGGUCCGCAGCAGUGUGCCCAGGGGCAGGGCCAGGGGCCGAGUGCCUCCAUCCGCCUCCACACCUACGGCACUGCGUGGUGAUAAGGCUGUCUUCAUAACUGUCAGGGCCCCUCAUCUUCCCAACUGUUGGGGGAGCUGGGGAGCUGGGUGCUGACCUUAACCAUUUAACCCAAGGCGGGUUAAAUGACUUGUGCCUGAGGGAGAGGGGCACUGGGUCUUCAGGGCUGUGCAGCUGGAGCAGGAACUCCUGAGUGGCAGGCUUCAUUAUCACUUAGCUGACUCCUGUCAUGCCCUCCCGCCUCCCGUGAUGCCCCCAGGAGGGGAUAGCAGCUGCACCUCUCAGUGGGUAAGUGCUGGCGUGUUGGAGGCCCUGGAGAAGCUCUUACUUACGGGACUGAGGGUGGCAGGCCCUGGAGGCCUGGCCCAGGAGUCUUGGUUCCAUCCUCUGAGGCAGCCACCACAGCGGCUACAUCUGGUCCCAGCCACGUGAGGGCGCUCACCUCACUUGGGUUUGGCUGGAUCCGGGCCUAGGGCCACACAAGUUUCUCCCUGAGUCUCCUCCCUUCCCUCUGGGGAAACCUGUCCUUGAUGGCAGUUUAUUGGCUGCUAAGGACAGAGAUUUGGCAGGAGCUGGGGAGAGGCUCUAGGAUUUCUGGAUGAUUUCUGACCUCCCACCUUCCCUACCCUAAUUACAGUCAGAACCAUCCCCUCCCCCCGGCACCUGCAGUUGCUGCUGGGACUCCUGGGAGACCACAAGUAGAUAGAGGACGAUAUGAUGGUAUUUGGGGAGCCCCCAGCUCAGCCUGGGCGGGUAGGCAGACUGAAAGAAAAGAAAGUGAGGAUGACUUGUGUGGAGAGACGCAGCUGAGGAAGUGGGUGGAGGUGGUGCAGCAUCGACACAGGUGAGGGUGGUGGGCUCAGGGACUCGGAACCGCCCACCCUCCAUUGUUACCCUGUGGCCAGGGCCUGGGCUGUUGGGAGUUGUUGAGGCUCUUGGUUAAAUUGGCAAGGAGCCCGCCCAGGUUCCCUCCUCACCUCCCAUAACCCCAGAGGGACCCAGGAGAACCCGCCCUGGCGCAGCCGCAGCCCAGUCUCCUCCCGGAGCUCUCGGAGGCCGCCAUCCAGCAGCUGGGAGUCAGAGGACACGUCAGAGGUCAGUCCUUUGGCCCCUUCAGCCCACACCCAAGGUGUGGUGGACAGGUCUGGUGGACAGGUCUGGGUUCGGGCAAGGUGCCCUUUGGGUCAGCUGAGUGGUUACCUCUUCAUCAGGUUCUGCGUGCCCACCUGGAACGACAGCAGAACCUGAAGGUGG